AUGCUGGCGUGUGGCUGUAAGGUAUUUGGCCGGUUCAACAUGCCUAGUCUUCUUAAGAGAGGGGACAUAAUGAUCGGAGGCAUUUUUCCUGUGUCUAACAAAGAGCUAGCCAGCUUCUCUACGUUUGAGAAGGAGCCUUCUGGAAUCAAAUGUGCAGGGUUUGACCUGCGAGUUUUUCGAUGGACCCAAGUGCUGGCAUUUGCAAUUGAAGAGAUCAACAAAGAUCCCGUGCUCCUGCCAAACAUAUCACUGGGAUACAGGAUCCUCAACUCAUGCGCAUCUCCUACUAACACUUUACGUGCUGCGCUAACACUGGCUGGAGGAGAAGAAGAGACAGACCCUGGCAUGUCUUGUCUCCCGGCCAUAUCUGCCCUAAUAGCCGAGUCCGGAUCGUCCCAGUCUCUGGCUGUGGCUGGGACACUCGGACCGUUCCAAGUACCAAUUGUGAGCUACUUCUCAACAUGUGCCUGUUUAAGUGACAGGUCAAAGUAUCCAACAUUUUUUCGAACAAUUCCCAGUGAUUAUUUCCAAGCAAAAGCUUUGGCAGCGCUGGUCAAACACUUUGGCUGGCGGUGGAUUGGAGCCAUACAGUCAGACAAUGACUAUGGGCGUCAGGGGGUCCUCGCCUUUAAGAAAGAGGUUAAAGAGUUUGGGGUUUGUAUUGCAUUCGUUGGGACAAUUCUGCGCACACACUCUACGGAAAAGAUCAAGGCUGUUGUUAAAAUGAUCAAACAAUCAAGUAUUAAAGUUAUUCUUGCUUUUGUGCCCGAGGGCGACUUUUACCCUUUAAUGACAGAAGUGGUUAAACAGAACAUCACAGGGAUCCAGUGGAUCGCCAGCGAGGCCUGGAUAACAGCUCCCCGACCCUCCACGCCGGAAAUCUACCAAGCCUUCGGUGGGGCUCUCGGUUUUGUGGUGCAGAAGAUGGCCAUUCCUAAGCUGAAGCCGUUUCUCACGGGCAUCAACCCUUACAAAGAUGCAAGUGCUGCUUUUGUGAGGGAAUUCUGGAACAUUAUGGUGGGCUGCAAAGCUGUUUUACCUGAGGAGCAGGCAGGUGACUCACAUGACACAUGCACAGGCAAUGAGACAUUAAUGAACUCCCAGGAUGUUUUCUUCAAUGUCACCCAGCUCAGGGUGUCCUAUAAUGUGUACAAGGCAGUUUACGCCAUUGCACAUGCACUGCACCACCUGCUUUUCUGCAAAGCUGUUGGUGAAAAAACAGCACGGCCAUGUCUGAACAUUGCAGACGUUCAGCCAAAACAGGUGACUGAUCACCUCCAAAGGGUGAGCUUUAAGAAUCAAUUUGGUGAUAACGUCUUCUUUGAUGAAAAUGGCGACCCACCGGCUUCUUAUGACCUCAUCAACUGGCAGCUGAAAGACGGGCAGGUCCAACACGUCACACUGGGCCACUUUGCCUCGACUGUUAACGGCAACUAUGAGCUGAGCAUUCGAGAGGGGGAGAUAGUUUGGAGGACUGGCAAAAUGGUUCCGAUAUCGGUGUGCUCUGUGGAAUGUCCGCUGGGGACCAGGAAAGCUCAAAAAAAGGGAGAACCUAUCUGCUGUUUCGACUGCAUCCCGUGCGCUGAUGGCACUACAGCCAACACAACAGGUGCGGUAGACUGCACACCCUGUCCAAAAGAGUUCUGGUCCAAUGAGAGGAGGGACAAGUGCAUUCCAAAAACAAUAGAGUUCUUGACUUAUCAUGAGCCAAUGGGCAUAGCUCUGACUGUUGUGUCCCUGCUGGGGGCCUCUCUGUCAGUGACCACCAUGCUCAUCUUCCUCUGUUACAGAAACACACCAGUCGUAAAGGCCAGCAACUCUGAGCUGAGCAUCUUCUUAUUGGUUUCGCUCUUUUUGUGCUUUCUCUGCCCCCUCACGUUCAUCGGCAGACCCACAGUGUGGACAUGCAUGCUGCGCCACACAGCCUUUGGAGUGACAUUUGCUCUCUGUAUUUCCUGCGUCUUGAGCAAAACUAUUGUGGUUGUGACGGCUUUCAAGGCCUCCUUUCCAGGCAGCAAAGUAGCGGGAAAGUUUGGUCAGACGCACCAACGGGUCAUAGUUAGCUUUUGCACUCUCAUACAAAUAUUAAUAUGUGUGCUUUGGCUAAAAUUAAGCCCGCCCUUCCCCGCCAUGGUUUUCAGAUACAGUAAUAAGAAGAUUAUUUUAGAAUGCAACACCGGCUCUGAAGCGGCAUUCUACGCUGUGCUGGGUUACAUAGGUUUUCUCUCAAUUAUAUGUUUGAUUCUGGCAUUUCUGGCAAGAAAGCUGCCUGAUAACUUCAACGAAGCCAAAUUUAUCACAUUUAGCAUGUUGAUCUUUUGCGCAGUCUGGAUCACCUUCAUCCCAGCAUAUGUCAGCUCUCCUGGGAAGUUCACUGUUGCUGUGGAGAUAUUUGCCAUUUUGUCCUCAGCUUUCAGUUUACUACUCAGCAUCUUCGCACCCAAAUGCUACAUAAUACUAAUUAAGCCAGAAAAGAACACCAAAAAGCAUGUCAUGGGAAAAAUGUUUAAUAUAGGUCAAUGGAGGUUUUAA